UUGUGUCGUUUGUUUUCUGGCUGUAAACACAACCUCCACACGGAACAGAGCCGACCCGGAGACGGGCUCAUGCAGGAAGGUAUAUCACUGUGAAUGGGGAAUCUUAUAUGAAAACGUCCAUAGUCCCGCGGCUGACUAUUUAGCCUAGCACGGAGAGUACGGAAGAAAAGCAAGCGUUUGGUUGUUUCAUCGCUCGUCGGCGACCAUGGCAGCGGCGACCGUUGUGGAGGCUGAUACGUCGGCAAACGAAGGCGGCGCUGCUGUUACUGGCGUCCCGAACUGGGGCUGGGAUGAGUCUCAGCUCCGAAAAUAUUCUUUCCCAACCAAGCCCAUUCCGAGACUGUCUCAUACGGACCCCAGAGCAGAGAUGUUAAUAAGCAACGAGGAACCAGUGGUUUUAACAGACACAAACCUUGUGUAUCCAGCUCUCAAAUGGGACAUUGCAUAUCUGCAGGAGAACAUUGGAAAUGGGGACUUUUCUGUUUACACUGCAGAAAAUCACAAAUUCCUCUACUAUGAUGAGAAGAAAAUGGCUAAUUUUGAAAACUUUGUCCCCAAGUCACAACGAAUGGAAAUGAAAUUCUCUGAAUUUGUGGAUAAAAUGCAUAUAAUGGAGGAAAAAAAUGGAGAGGAGAGGGUAUAUUUGCAGCAGACCCUGAAUGACACGGUAGGGAAGAAGAUUGUUGUUGACUUCCUUGGUUUCAACUGGAACUGGAUCAACAAGCAGCAAGCCAAGAGAAACUGGGGACAGCUGACAUCCAACCUGCUGCUCAUAGGCAUGGAGGGCAAUGUGACACCAGCACAUUACGACGAGCAGCAGAACUUCUUUGCACAGAUCAAAGGCCAUAAGAGAUGCAUCCUCUUCCCUCCAGACCAGUUUGAGUGUCUCUAUCCAUACCCUGUGCACCACCCCUGUGACAGACAGAGCCAAGUUGAUUUUGAUCAUCCUGAUUAUGAGAUGUUUCCCAAUUUUAAAAAUGUUGUUGGCUAUGAGACUGUUGUGGGCCCGGGAGAUGUGCUCUACAUCCCGAUGUAUUGGUGGCAUCACAUUGAAUCACUGUUGAAUGGUGGAGUGACAAUCACUGUAAACUUCUGGUACAAAGGUGCCUCCACACCCAAGAGGAUAGAGUACCCCCUGCGGGCUCACCAGAAGGUGGCCAUCAUGAGAAAUAUUGAGAAAAUGUUGGGAGAAGCACUUGGAGACCCACAUGAGGUUGGACCUUUACUGAAAACGAUGAUUAAGGGGCGAUAUGACCAGGGUCUCAGUUAGAGCACCACUCUUACCUCGUUACCUGGACAGCGGUGCAUUCUGUUUGCCACGUGAAAUUGAGACUGCUGCAUGCGUAAUGCACAUUCUGGCUUUUUUAAGCUACGUAUCACUGCACGGCAAUAAGCAGCCACCUGAAAACCAUUCUGCUUCAGUUGUCCCUGAGUGCCAUGGUCAUUGCAGAUACAUCAAUCACAGAAGACUAACUCACUGGAAUUCCACCUACUUGAAGAAGUUUUUUUUUUUUUAUAUUUAGUUUUUGAAAAGAAGGCCUCAUUUGGAUUAAGUCUAGAUGUAUUUAAUGUAAAUCAGUGUUCUGUCAACAUUCUUAAUUCAAGCUAAUGGGUUUUUGGGUGCAUGUGCUCACCCAGUGAGUAGAAGUUGUCUACGAUCGGUACCUUUGGAACAACCUCAAUAUUUUGACCACUAAUGGAUGAAUCAAAGGGUAUUACAUAUACAGUACACAUCAGUUAGAUACUUUCUUAUAUACAUGUUCUAACACAGUUAUGGACCGAUUGCUUAGUGCGGAGUGAUCAUAUUGUAUUCUCCAUCUUUAUCACUAAUACAUAAUAUAUACAUCUGAUUUGGUUCAUACCUCUAAAGUUGACAUGUCUUUUAAGGGUCUUAUAAAAAUAUAUCCACAUAAUAUGCAUUAUCUCCCCACCUAUCUACAUGGUUUUAGGGAGUGAUCAGCAAGAAUUUUCUGUUGCAAAGAAGACAGCAUAGGCCGGGUAAUAAAACAUAAGUACAGUGAUUUUAAAACUGUGAUGAAAUACGUGUAGGUGGGAAAAAAAGGGGGCUCAUAUAUAUAUUCAGCUGAAGGAGUAUGUGACUGCUUGCAGCUAAAUUGUUUACCUGAGAGAUGCUGCUUUGUGUUUAUACCUGCUCUUGCUUGUUUGAUUUGUUUGACUUUAUCGAUUGUGCUAUUCUGCGUACCAGUAAUAGAUGAGGGGCACGGAAAAUAAAUGACUUACUGCAAUUUUAGUUGCAGAUACAGUUAAAUAAAAUAAAAUACAGUAAGUCACUGUUUUUGGGGAAAGGUUUCAGAGUAAUUACCGGUAAUGUUUCCUAAGGAAUAUGAUGGUUAAAACUGUAAAAGUGGUUAACUUGAACUGCUUAAAUGAUAGAUUUAUGUAAUAAUCUUAUCAAUGGACUGAACUAGCAGGACCAUCUGCUGCGAUGUAGCUUAUGCAUCAGCCAUUGCAGCGCAACACAAUGUACCAUCUAGUGGAGGUGUAAAGUUUACUGGUCCAUGCACUAUACUGCCGCAAUACAAAUAUUCAGCGUGCUAUGUUGAACUCAGCAGAUCUGGGAUGAAAUGACAAAAGUUUAAUUUCAGUUGGAAACAUGUAUUUGGUCAGCAAUCCUCAGACAUACAAUUAUUUUUUACUCACAUGCAGCACAAUUGCACGUUUCUGUGCAAAUUUAAAGUGCUCUCCUGAACUGUAAAAAAAAAAAAAAAACAACUAUACUUUGAACAAAAAGUGGGAAGAAUUUAACGUUGUGCUGUAUGUGCCAAACCAACAUACAAAGCAGUAGAUGGGUAUCCAUAUUCAGAAAGGAAUAUCCAAGCACUAAAUUUACCAGGAAUAUACGUUCAGGGUGCCCGUAUGUGCCUUGUUUAACAGCGGCAUGGCACAAAAUGUUGCAACAACUCGACUUUUAAAUUGUUUUUAUUUUAUGGUCAAAAUGUUUUCACUCUGGCAUAGCUUUAAAGGUAGGUUUGACGUUUUCUGUUUUGAACAUGCAGUAUGUGCUCUCCUUGUUCCUCUGAUUAAAGUUUGCAUAGUUCUA